GUCUGUCCUUGAAGCUGACGAGUUGUUAUGACCAUUCCCCAAUUUUUCUUCUCUUCCUUCAGCGGAUCAAUGAAUCGCCCGAAGAAGAAUUUCCGAACCUCCUAGGGUUUUUGCUCGUGUUUCUUUUGAUUUUCAGGAUUUGAAUUUGUGAGCAAUGGAGGAUCAAGCCUCUUCUGGGGGGUACAAGCUCUUCGACGAGCUGGAACUGCAGGAGUUUCAGGACAAAUUCGUGAUAAAAUCUGCGAAAUCUCCCACUCAAGGCUUUUCUAUCGAUCGUCGUGAUGGAAAUAUUGAGCUCGACAUCAGUGAUACUUCUUCUGUGAGUCCUUCAAAAGUCUCUACAGUUUAUGGGAUUGCUGGAACAAUUAGAUUGCUUGCAGGAAUAUAUGUUGUUGUAAUAACUUCUCGGAAAGAAGUUGGAAGUUAUCUUGGUUUCCCUGUUUUCCGGGUGAUGUCUAUGAAGUUCUUGUCUUGCAAUGAAGCAUUGAAGGUUUCAACUUCACAGGAGAAACGAGAUGAGGCUUACUUUAUGACUCUGUUGAAAACAGUGGAAUCCACUCCAGGGCUGUACUAUUCAUAUGAAACAGAUAUAACAUUGAACCUACAGAGAAGAUUAAAGUUGGCAGAAGGGUGGGCAAAUAAACCAAAUUGGAAGCAGGCUGAUCCCCGAUUCGUUUGGAACAAAAAUCUCUUGGAGGAGCUUAUUGAGCACAAGCUUGAUGAGUUCAUCAUUCCUAUAUUACAAGGGAGCUUUCACUCUGAAAGGCUCAAUCUUAAAGGAUCACCUGCCUUAAUUACAUUGAUCUCGAGGAGAUGUACACGCCGUUUAGGGACAAGAAUGUGGAGAAGAGGAGCAAACCUUGAAGGGGACACUGCUAAUUUUAUUGAAACUGAGCAAUUGCUGGAGUGUGAAGGCUUCAGGUCCUCAUUUUUGCAGAUUCGAGGUUCAAUUCCACUUCUUUGGAAACAGAUCGUUGAUUUGAGCUAUAAACCACGCCUUGAAAUAAUUAACCAUGAGGAAACACCAAAGGUUGUGGAGCGCCAUUUCCUCGAUCUUCAACAAAGAUAUGGAGAUACUGUUGCAGUUGAUUUAACUGAUAAACAUGGUGAUGAAGGUCAGCUAAGUUUGGCAUUUGCUGCAGAAAUGCAAAAGCUGCCAAAUGUGAGAUAUAUUUCAUUUGACUUUCAUCAAUGCUGUGGAAACUCAAACUUUGAUAAUAUUCAACUUCUAUACGAUCAAAUUUCGGAGGACUUUAACAAGCAUGGAUAUUUCCUCGUAGAUGCAGAGGGGGAAAUACUAGAGGAACAAAGAGGAAUCAUCAGAUCUAAUUGUGUUGAUUGCCUUGACCGAACAAAUGUUACUCAGAGUUAUCUAGCUCAAAAAUCAUUAAAUUCACAGUUGUGGAGGAUUGGACUACUCUCUCCGACUGAAUGCAUUUCAUCGUUUGUUGAAGAUUAUGAAAUUUUCAAGAUCUUGUGGGCUGAGCAAGGCGAUGAGAUAAGCCUUGAAUAUUCUGGGACGCAUGCAUUGAAAGGGGACCUAGUCAGAUAUGGGAAGCAGACCAUAGCAGGACUAAUUAAAGAUGGAAUGAGUGCAAUAUCAAGAUAUUAUUUAAAUAAUUUUCAAGAUGGAGUCCGGCAGGAUGCAAUGGAUCUUAUUAGUGGCCACUAUAUGGUCAACAGAAGCAGUCCUUCUCCAUUCCAGCUAAAUGGAUUUGAAUCGCUAUCUUACCUCCCAGUGGCAUCGGCUUUGCUAAUUGGAGGUUGGACUGUGACAUCCUUGACAGUCAACCAAGUGGGGCGAAAUGCACAUCAUUUUGUAUCUUCUGUACUCUGGGCUGGUGUGACUGCUGGAGUGAUGGCAGCAGUCAAGGCCAAUGGAAGGCAAUUCUGUUCAAGGCCUCGCUUAUGUGGGCUUUUGUAAGAACAAUUCUACUUGCUUUAAGUAGAGCUGUAGCUUUGCCAAGAAGAUUGUACAACAUGAAUUUAAGUUAAAACCUUGGCACAAGCCAUGAGGCAUUAAGGUGUAAAUUUUUUGAGAAUUUUAUUUUUAGAUAAAAA